AUGUGUAACACAUUGCAGGCGACGAAGCGUGGCCGAGGGCCAAAUCGUUCCAACGCCUUCGACGACCAACCGAACACGUCGAACGCCGUCUACGGCUUCGAGGUCAUGAAGGUGGUGCAGUUGAAUCGAGCUCGUGAGGCCGCUCGCGCCCUUGCCUGCUGCCGUCGUCAGCCCACUCCACAGGACCUGCCCUGUGAACAGCGACGCCGGAAAACCAUCGUUGGCGUCAACCCUCGUGUGGACUUCUUCAUUGCGCCUAAAGUCCCCCACUAUCGUGACUACUCGCUCAUUCCUGCUCCCAACCAACGUUUUGUCUACGUUGGCGAUCGUUGCCACAGUGUCAAACCGCGAUUGGUUGAGUGCAAAGAACGCGCUCUGACGGGAACCAUGACGGGCAGGAAUCCGAGAGUGGACUUUUUCGUUGCCCCACGGCUAAGCAGCACACGCAGUGCGCCGUGGAUCCAGCGGUGCAGUUGCGAGUGA